AUGCUUCGCCGUGUGGCCUGCGCUCUCCCAUUGGCUGCUGUUGCUGCUGCUAGUAGUAGCGGUGGCGUGCGGCAGCUGAGCACGACGCGGCCGUGCCUGGAGCGCAUCAAGGUGAGCGGCAAGCUGGUCGACAUUGACGGCGACGAGAUGACGCGCAUCAUCUGGACCCUCAUCAAGGAGAAGCUCGUGCUGCCGUACGUCGACAUCCCCAUCGAUUACUACGACCUCAGCAUCACCAACCGCGACGUCACCAACGACAGGGUCACGGAGCAGGCGGCGGAGGCGAUCCUGCGGCACAACGUGGGCAUCAAAUGCGCCACCAUCACGCCAGACGAGGCGCGGGUGAAGGAGUUCAACCUUAAGAAGAUGUGGAAGAGCCCGAACGGCACGAUCCGCAAUAUACUCGGCGGCACCGUCUUCCGUGAGCCAAUCAUCGUGAAGAACAUCCCGCGUGUGGUGCCGCAGUGGCGCGAGCCGAUCAUCGUCGGUCGCCACGCCUUUGGCGACCAGUACAAGGCGACCGACGCCGUCUUCCCCGCCGGCAAGCUGGAGCUCGUGCACACGCCGAGCGGCGGCGGUGCGCCGCAGGUGUUGGAGGUCUACAACUUCCCCGGCGAGGGCGUCGGGCUCGCGAUGUACAACACGCUCGAGAGCAUCGAGGCGUUCGCGGUCAGCUGCUUCGAGUACGCGCUGCUGCGCCGCUACCCGCUGGUGCUGUCGACGAAGAACACGAUCCUCAAGAAGUACGACGGCCUCUUCCUGGAGACGUUCCAGCGCAUCUACGACACGCGCUACCGGCAGCAGUUUGAGCAGCUGAAGCUCACCUACGCCCACCGCCUCAUCGACGACCAGGUGGCGCAGAUGAUCAAGGGCAGCGGCGGCUUCGUGUGGGCGUGCAAGAACUACGACGGUGACGUGCAGAGCGACGUGGUGGCGCAGGGCUUCGGCUCGCUCGGCCUCAUGACGUCGGUGCUCCUGUGCCCCGACGGCCGCACGAUCGAGGCGGAGGCCGCCCACGGCACCGUCACCCGCCACUACCGCGAGCACCAGAAGGGGAAGGAGACGAGCACCAACUCUGUCGCCUCCAUCUUCGCGUGGACGCGCGGCCUGCAGCACCGCGGCAAGCUCGACGGCAACGCGCCGCUCGUCGACUUCGCGGCAACGCUGGAGCGCGCUGUGAUCCGGACGAUCGAGGGCGGCCACAUGACGAAGGACCUCGCGCUCUGCGUGCACGGCCACGACAAGCUGCAACGCGAGCACUACGAGACGACGCAGGGGUUCCUCGACAGCGUCGCCGCGGAGCUCGCGCGCACCCUCAAGGCUUAG